AUGGGAGAGUAUUGGUGUCAGCGCGGUGACCGCGCAUUUUCGCACGCGGAGUUCGGCGGGAAAAGUUCCCGCCCACAAUUUGACAAAAUAUUUUCGGACGCUAAUAAGCUGGCGAGCGGUGGCGGUGGCGGGCGCGGCCUGUUCUGCUACCACUGCCCGCCCAGCCUGCCGCCACACCAGCAUCGGCUGCCCACCUUAGAGUAUCCCUUCACUGCCUCGCAUCCUUACACGAGCUACUCGUAUCACCCAGCUAUCCACGAUGAUACGUUCGUGCGACGGAAACAGAGGCGCAACCGCACCACCUUCACUCUGCAACAGUUGGAGGAGCUGGAGACUGCGUUUGCGCAGACACACUACCCUGAUGUGUUCACGAGAGAGGAUCUCGCUCUCAAGAUCAACCUCACGGAGGCUAGAGUGCAGGUGUGGUUUCAAAAUCGCCGAGCGAAAUGGAGGAAAGCAGAGCGACUGAAAGAGGAACAGAGGAAACGGGAGGGCGAUGUGCUGACUAAGAGGGACCCUGCUGAUGAUAAGGGCUCGUCAGAAUGCGGCAUGUCUCGCGGCUCAGCUGAGGCGUCGCCGGUAUCUGGUGCGGCGGGGUCGCCUCGCGCCUCGCCCCCUGUGACUCCUGGCUCUCCCAGGCGCUCCCCUCUACGAUCACCUAACCGCUCGCCUAACAGGUCGCCUAGACAUGAGAGGUCUGAAACCAGCUGUCCAUCACCAGCUCCAUCGGUCGGCAGCGCCAGCUCUAGAGACGGCGCCAUGGACCAGCGCCCGCCGCACCAUAUCUUCUCACCUUUCGACCACAGACAUUCGCCCAACGUUGGGCAGACUCCUCUCCAAUGCUUCGCUACUCUAUUCGAUAUCCGUACGGGCGCGUUCCGCACGUCUCCGGGCGGCGCCGGCGAGCCGCCCCCGGCGCCCCCGCCGCCGCUGUUCCUGCCGCCGCAUCUCUCGCAUCUCUCGCAGCACCUCAACCAUCUCUCGCAGCCCUUCUUCCCACUUAAAGGUUGGGGAGCGCCCUGCCCGUGCUGCCCCAAAGAAGAGGCUCGCUCAUCAAGCGUGGCGGAACUCCGGCGCAAGGCACACGAGCACUCCGCGGCACUACUACAUCAGCUCGCCAGCUUCCAGUCGCGGGCGCUGCUGCCGCUGCCACUUCCACUCCCCCUACCACCAUUACCCUUACUCCCACACGACGCCCCACCCACUUCCCAGGCACAUGAACCACCUAAACACCUUGAGUAAGGAGAUGAAGAUAUAUUAGAAAGGUUGAUAGAUCUCUACAGAUUAAUUGGCAUUUGUAAAGAAAAAUGUGAUGAAAUUACUUCACUAUUAAUUGGAGUACCAAGGUCGUAUGAACAGUUGUGCAACCGGCAACCGUGGUGUCCUCAGACAGACAUAAUAGAAAGAAUGAAGGAAAAACUGUUUAUUUGCACCGUUGUAAGAUAUUGCAUGCAAAACAAGAACAAAUAAAAAUAAAAAUGAUAAUCAAGACGGCGCUAGAGCUCAAUUAAAAUGCCGUAGCCCGAGCACUAUGACGGGAGUCAUGAUGCUGAUUUUCAGCACUACUUUACCGAGUUCAUUAGACCUUUAUCAAUACAAUUACUUCGAAUAAUAAAUACUACAAAAACCGCCAAGUCUUUGCUUACAUUAUCAAUGUAUUUUGGUUGAAAAUCUACUUUUUAUCACUGUUCUGUAACUGUUCAUAUAAGUUUCAAUUAGUAGUGAUAUAGUAUUUUUUGUGAUGUUUUCAUUAUAUUAUUUUCCAGUUAAUUAUAUUGUACCUUCGUGAAUUCAUGUGCCAUGGUGUAGUAUUAAAUUACUGCAAACAACAGUAUUAUUAAAAUUAUGAAGUUGUAUUAAUUAUGUGCCAACAAUUUGUGCCAUCUACAUUUAUAAUACUAUAUUAGUGUAUUUAUUUCCUAUAUUUUGUCCUGAAUAGUUUAUUUACUGAUAAGAAUAAAAUUAUUAAAGCUAUACAGAGUGUACAUGGAACCCUCUUAAAAACGGCAAACAGAGAAUGGUAAAAAACGAGUUUAGUUAUCAAAGAAUUUAUGAAUUCAAUGUUUGUUUUAUGUAAUAAUAGAUGUGAUCAACUGCUUAAAACCUUUAAAAUUAUAAAAAUAAACAUAUUUUGUAGUGUUUUUCGGGAGCGUUCCGUUUACACUUUGUACAAUAAAAAUAUUUUUAUUAUUGUUAAAAUUAUGCCAUAUUUUGUGUCACAUACAUCGCCGCUUCAGUAUUCGACCAACUGUUGUGAAUAUUUCUUUUUAUCUUAUUUUAAUGUUAAGAAAAUUGUAAAUAGAUAUAAUUACGUAGCUAAUAAACUUGGAUGUUUGUACGUAGUUCACAGAUUGUAUAUAGCUAACACAGUUUCCUUAGUUUAGUUAAGUAUUUGUUAAGGAACACAGAUAUAUGGAAGCCAUUUGUUAUACGAUUUAAGCUAUUUCUUGAUAAGAUACUCACUUACAUACAUAUACACACAUACACACUGUCUAUACAUAAUUUUCUCUUUGCAAUAUCUUAAGAUAUUUCUCAAGUUAUUUGAAAACCAGAAUUUGGAUUUGUUCAAAUGUUAUCUUCCCUUUUCGCUCUAUCGAUAAAGAAAAUCCCUGUGUUAAUUAAUCACCCUCUACUUAUCUGUAUUUUAUGUGGUUUUGCUACAAACAUUAAAACAAAGCCUUUUUACACUAGGCAUAUAGCACCUAGCUUCACUGAAGGACAGACUGACAGACUAUUAUUUAUUUCUUUAUUUGUUGACAUUUCAAAAGUACCAAACUAUUUAUAGUUUAAUUGGAAUUAAUAAUUUGACUUUGCAUCGAAUUACCCCGUGCUUUCGUUCUGAAGCCUUCAACUUUAAUUCAAUAUAAAAAUCACUCUUAGUUGCCGACUAGAUUAUAAAUAUCAUGUGACAAUUCACAGACGAAAAUAUUUUUCAUAUUGUAGCAUUAUUUUAUACCACAAUUCCAUAAAACAUUCCCCUUUAUAUAGUAAACACAUUCCAUCAAAUUCAAAGUUCUUGUCUUUCCCAAGUUAUACAUAAUAGUUAUACCUACAUAGUGGCCCGCGCCAAGCUUGUAUAUAGAUACAUACAUACAUUGCCGAGAGUGUGAGCUGCACUAUGCACGAUAUGUGGAAUUGUCGACGCGGGCUGUACAUACGUUAUACAUAAUAUAUACCACUAGAAAUGUACCAUUAGUUGUUUUAAUUAUUGCGAAAUAUAAUAAUAUUAUGUAAUUAUA